AUGUCCUGCACCCUUCCAGAUUCCGAAGUGUCCGCUUCUCAUCCGGAUGAUAUCAUCGGAGGUUUUGCAGACAUAAUGACGCAUGGAGUGGAAAACAAUGAAGACGGCGAUGGGUUUGUGCUUGCAUCAUGUCCUUACUGCAAGAGAAUAUGCAAACACAUGCUCGAACAGAAGAAUGAAAUCCGAAAAGACCGGUUUGUGUGUGGGGGCUGCAACAAAAACACGUGCAAAUGUGUGAAAUUCACAGAUUGCAAGGGAAUGGCGAAAUCGAAUUUUCUCUGGGACGAGGCGCUUUGUCGCGGUUGCAACAUGGCUGUUGAGAGAUACUCCAACGGAGAGAUUGGCCUAGAGGACCUAGUGAGGGAGAUGAGCGCUGAAAACUCUCACUCGCCGGCGCCUAAGAAGCCUUACCGGCACAACGUGAACCCUGACGCCCUCUCCAUGCUCGCCUACGUGUUCCUACCUCCCUUCGAUGACAGCUCAGCUGAGAACCAGUCAGAGGCUGAGAGAGCUGAGGUUGUGGAUGAAUGCUCCUUCCACUUCGCGCUCGCGCAAGAAAAAGUCCGCGAGGACGGGGAAUUGAAUGUGUUUCAUGAAGCAAAUAUGCGAUACUUGCUUGAUCAGCGCAGCAAGCGUGCGAUCGUUAGGCUGGGGGCAACUAACAUCGUGACUCAAGGGUCUGAUGAACAGCAGCGGGAGUAUGUCGAGUGCGAGCUCACAGAGAGUUUGCGCAAAUCCCUGAAAGCCAGUGAGGCCGUGGAGAAAAUUCCAGAGGUUGUCGAUGCUGCUGUGAGAGAUGCCGUGAACAGAGGAAAAGCAGAAACGUGGGAGAUCAUGCGCGAAGCGCUGCUAACGUGGCCAGGGCCUGAACGAAGGGAUGUGGACAAGUAUCGAGAAAUGAUCUGUCACAAGACGUUCUUGAAUCGUUGGCUCAAAGGAUCCUCCAAUGAUCCAGUUUGGGCAAUGAAGAGGAUCUUGACUCACCUAAAAUGGCGACAAGAGUACAAAGUAGAUACGAUCAUGGAGGAGGACUGGAGCGAGUAUGAUAAGCGUGGAGAGAUGUAUCCUUGUGGACUUGACAAGGAUGGAAGACCGACCUGGACUUGGCACACUCAGAGGCAUGGCAGGACUAUAAACUCUGUUCCUCCUAACUCUUCUCCGGAAAUGGGCGCAAGAUAUCUUAUCUGCACUCUUGAGCGGACAUGGGCUAUGAAUCCCUCAGCGGACAGGAUGAAUGUGAUCUGCAACUGUCAAAACUUGACGUUUUCAAACUAUGAGCAUGCGAUGUGCCUCAUAUGUCUAGAGAUCCUUGGUGAACAGUAUCCUGACAACAUGCAGUACUGCUUCAUGUUUCCGGCUGGUUGGAUCAUGCAAGCGAUCAUGGCUAUUGGACGGCCGAUGAUGUCAGAUGAGACAUACCACAAGCAUAAAAUUCUUUCGUCUGACAAAUACCGGGACUGUCUCGCCGAGCACUACGAUAGGGAUCAGCUGGAAGAAGAUUUUGGAGGCACCCUUGACCCUGCUUCGAGUUUGAGACGGAGGUGGCUGUUGGAGGACCCGGCGAGGCUUCAGGAAUGGCUGGCCGAAGAAGAUGCAGCGCAUCAAUCAUUCGCCCCUUCUGAGAAAGCCUGCGAUCUUCAGAGGCAAGUGCUGCCCCAUGACAAGAAGGACCUUGCAGGAUCAAGCAGAGCAGCCCCGGCGCCCUGCAGCGAGCCGUUCGGCCAUUGUCGGGACUUGUGGUCCCAUGGUCGAGCUCGAACGCUCGAGCAGGGGGAGGAACCGGAGGGCUUGAGGGAGUCAGGCUGGCAAGAGGAGACUGAGGCGGCGCAUGAGCGAAGGCUGAACUCUGAGUCAUCUCAUCGAGAGGUGGAGGACGCAAGCAGUGACGACCUGCCCGAGCCUGGGGACGACCAUGGAUCUCCAAGAGACGAUGAAAUCGCAUGUGUUGAAGGGGAGGCUGCUCAGCCGGAGGCAGAACAGAGAAUCUUUAAGUUAGGGCAACAGCCAGGAGAAGCUGAAGGAACAGCGUGCAACCCAGCCUCCCCUGUGCUCACCAGGAAGCUUGUGUUCUCGACAAUGGGAGGAUGGAAAUUUGUCUCUUGUUGUGCUUCAGUGGCGGUUCAGUCCGGCGCCUGCGUUGGACGCAGCGUUGCGAAGGUACUGCGAAGCACGUGGGACUGGCUGAAGAGGAAGUGA